CAGGAAUACCGCUUGGAAUUGUAAAUCGGAAUUUUAUCUGAGAGCAAAGUGUGUUAAUCUGUGUUUUACCACAACGUUUGCAGGUUUAGGUCACAGGUCACUUGCGGUCAAAGAAAGACGAAAUGGAAACGACAGUGUGUGGAUUAGCUUCUUGCCCCAGAUUCUUAGUCGAAUUUUUCGUUCCACCUUAAACGAUGCAACCGCCACAUUGUGGCACUUCAGUACACGGUGUAUAAGCGGCGCCGUUUAAGGUGGAACGGAAGAUUCGAAUAAGAAGCCAGCGGUGUGAUUGUCGUUUCAGUUUCCACAGAAGAGUGAACGCUCACGAAGCUCCUUAUUCGAAUUUUCCCGUUCCACCUUAAAAGAUGCCGCUCUCCGAAUUCUGGCAUGUCUAUGUACCGCAUAUGCUGCGUCGCUUAAGGUGGAACGGAGGGUUCGAAUAGGGAGCCAUCCUAGUGAUUCAGUUAUUUCAGUUUCUGUAAAAGAGUGAACGCUGGCGAAGCCGGUCAGCUUAUUCGUCGUAUCUUAUUCGAAUUUUCCCGUUCCACCUUAAAUGAUGCAGCAGCCCGAUUCUGGCAUAUGCUGCGGCGUUUAAGGUGGGACAGGUGGUUUGACUAUAGCCAGCAUGGGCCUCGUGAUUCAGUGUUAUUUCAGUUUCGAAAUUGAAGCGAUCUCCUUGUUCUGAGGCGUCAGUGUGUAACUGCUGCGCCGCUUAAGGUGGAACCGAAGAAUUCGGUCAAGAAGCUGGCAACUAGGAAGCCAAAUUCAGCCCGGCUGGACGCUCUGCUAAGGAGAAACUGGGAGGGGUUUAAGUGCCAUAACAGGAGAUCACACCUCCAUGUUUUGGAGAAGUGGUGAAACUUUGCUGAAGUGAGAGUUUUUGUCUGAAGUCUGAGGAAAACUUCUCAGCCACUUUUGUUUGCCUGCUUUCACGCUCGGAGAGCUUCUUGAAAUCUCGACGGCUGCUGUCGUCUCUGCUCCGCUGGAUCUUAAAGCCCGACUGGUUUUGCAGGCUGGAGGAGAAAACGAGCGAAGCGGAAUGAAAGUCUUUAAUAGUCCAGCCUCAGAUUUAGCCUCGAGUUUACGGAGUGAGUCAGUGGGAAGUUUAACUUGAGCAAGACUCGUCACGCGCGUGUGUCCUCCUUGUGUGGAGAAGUAUGGCGGAUGGGAACCAGACUGAAGUGUAUGUUUACGAGCAGGUUGUUAUUCUCCUGUCGUGCGUGCUCUCGUUUUUAGGCUCACUCGUAAUCAUAUGCACGUACGCCACAUGGAGGGACCUCAGAACGACACCCAGAAAACUCCUAGUGUUCCUGUCCGUGGCAGACCUGCUCUCUGCUCUCUCCUACUUUUAUGGAGUUUUGAAGGUUUUUAACUCCAACACGAAGGACUGCAUUGCGCAGGGAGCAAUAUCCACUUUUGCUAACACCAGUUCUUUCUUCUGGACCGUGGCCAUUGCCAUUUACUUAUACAUAUUCAUCGUAAAGUCCAGCCAGAGGCUGGCUGACAGCUUGGUGUUGUAUUUUCAUCUGAUCAGCUGGGGUGUUCCUCUGUCCAUCACAGUAGCAGCUCUGGCCCUGCAGAAAAUUGGCUAUGAUGCAUCUGAGGUUUCUGUAGGCUGGUGCUGGGUAAGCAUUCAGGAAGAAGAUCAUGUGUUGUGGAUGUUGCUGACAGGCAAAAUAUGGGAGUUCCUCGCAUAUGUCACGCUCCCCGUCCUUUACAUCCUCAUCAAGAGGCACAUCCACAAAGCAGGAAUUGGGAACACAUUUCAGGGAGCUGCGAACUGCGUUAUGUUUGUACUGUGCACCCGGCCGGUGCGCUCAAGACUGGUCGCUCUGCUCUGCUGCCGAGGCCGCGAAACCCAGAGCAGCUCGGACGCGCUGUCCCAGCACACAGUCCAUACUAACACGGACAGGGCCAACAGCCCCCGCGCUUGGGAGAAGGAGGGUGAAGAGGAGGAUUAAACUUUAAAACAGAAACCCCUUUUGCCUCAUUGACCUUCACUGGCUCAGCCAGAACACUACACUUAACCGAGCGGAGCAGUCCGUUAAGACGGUGCCCUUUUGCAGUGGGGGUGCUGAUCUGUGGAGUGAUGACAUCAGUGCUUUGUGCUUACAGGGUGGCAGUGAGAGUGCGAGCGAGUUUGCAGGUGAACGUAUGAAUCUGUGUGUACAGAGUGCCAAAAUCUCCAGCUCUCCUUUUGUUUCAGCGAGUGCCUUCGGAGGAUUAAAGAAGACUAACGUCACAUGCUUCAGGCCCCAGAGCCCAAGUGCACUUUAUAUUAGCGACGUAGCUCUGCACUUUGAGAGAGCAACUCCACUGUGUUUUGUAUGCUGCUGUGCUGUCGGCACAGAUGUGUUUUUCCUGUUCAUUUUCUGUGGAAAUGAAAUCUCUGGCUCAGGGACACAAGGAUACAGAGGUCAUUCAUAAUUUAGUGACCAAAACACCAAAUGUGCUGUAAAGACUCUGUUUACACACUGCAUCAUUUUCAUCUCUUUCCCUUGCUGUGCAUAUUUUUCUUGUAUGCAAGGCUGCAUACAGCAGAAAGGUGUUAUAUUUUCAGUGAGGUUGGGUGUGCAGCAUGUCUUCUUUUAAACGGCCCAUAUCCUACAUUUUCUUGUAUUUAUUCCCCAUUUAUGGUCCACUUAAUGCCAUUUAUGUCUGCUUAUGUAACAAAAGUAAUCCUAAUUUAUAAUGCCAUCGAUCAAACAGGCUGUUUUUGUUAAUGUGCCUUUAAGACGGAUUACAUGUAUAUCUUGCCCUCCACAAAUAUUGGCACCCUGAUAAUCAUGAGCAAAAGGAGCUGUACAAAGCAUUCACUUCAUUCAGAGUAUUAGCUAAAAGCUAACCAUUUCUAAGGUAUAAUGAUUGAAAGAAAAAACUCAAUUUUGUCCUGAAAAUAUUUUUUCUUAAAUGAGUGUGCACAACAAUUACUGGCACGCCUAGAAAUUCUUAAGAGUGAAAUGUAACCAAAGUACAUUCCCAUUCAUAUUUAGUGAAGUUCAAGUUCCCUCAGUCAUCCAUCAUUAUGAGAAAGACCAGGGGAUAGACUUAGACUUAGACAGACUUUGUCAUUCAAAUGAACACCUUACAGUCCACAUUAGAACGAAAUUUCAUUGCCUUGGCUCAGAGUAGAUCGGUAAUACAAUGUAGUGCAAAGUGUAAAUAAGUAUAUGUACAAGAGUAUAUUGCACUGGAGGUCCCAUGUAUGAGGUAAUGAAAAAAAAAGAAAGAAUUGGAGCAGCAUGGUAUUUAGAGUUCAGCAGUCUUAUGGCAUACAUAAGACUGGAAGGAUACAGCAGUGAUCUGCAGCCAAAGUUUGUUGAGCUGCAUAAAUUAGGAAAUGGCUACAAAAUAAUAGCUAAUAAUAGCUCUUCCAGCAGGAUGGUGAUCCAAAGCACACCUCAAAAUCAACACUGAAAUGGUUCACUGACCACAGAAUGAAGAUUUUUUUCAUGGCCACCCCAGUCCCCUGACCUAAAACCCAUCCGCAGUUUAGACCUCAGGAUCUGAAGGGUUCUGUAUGGCGGAAUGGGCUCAGAUUCUUUGCCAUGUGUUCUCCAGUCUCAUUAAGCUUCAUAGGCGAAGACUCAGAGCUGUUAUCUUUACAAAGGGAGUCUGCAGAAAGUAUUACAUGAAGGGGUGCCAAUAAUUAUGGCACACAUUGGUUUGAGAAAAAUAUUUAAUUUCCUGAUAAGAUUCAGGUUGUUUUUUUUUUUCCAAUCACUGAACUUCAAAAAAGUCUUUUGCUCAUGUUUACUAGGGGUGCCAAUGUUUGUAGAGUGCCCUGUAAACGAUCAGCUCUGUUCAAUUUGGCUGCCCUGUAUUGUGCUUUACUUAAAAAUUAGUCUGGAAUAAAACACUCCUUAUAUCUUCGAUGUGAAUGAGCUAAUCUGCUGUGGGCAGAAUUCAUAUAAAUGUGUGGAUUUUUUGUGACCUCACUAAAAACAGUGAGUUUAUUACAGGCUGCUGCAUAUAUGGACUUUAACCGUGUUUACAUACUACAAUAAACUCUUAUUUCAUAAAGCAGGGUAGUUUUCUAGGAUUUAGGCCCUUUAAGUAUGACAUUUUCUUUUUCCUACUGUUUUAUACUGUAUUAUCUCAUACACAGGGUAUACUGUAGCAUAUCAUAGACUGGUGAAAUGUAUAUUAUCUUGCUCUAGGUCAUCUGUCUUUUUAUUUGAGUAUCUAGUGUCUGAAUUUAGGUCAAACCCACAGCUUUCACACUAAAAAUAGAGUCAAAAAGGGGAAUUUGUGCCUUUUACACAGUGCGCUUGUAUUGUGUUGGACACAAAGAUGUUUUUUAUGAACUUCAUGGCCUGGUUUCAGUAAAAUGACAUUGAUCCAAA